AUGGCCCAGUCCCCUCCUCCGCACAGCCUCCUGGGCCAAGACCACUGGAUCUUCCCCCAGGGUUGGGGCUGGGCCGGCCACCCGGACUCCACGUCCCCUGCCUCCUCCUCGGACUCGUCGGGCUCCUGCCCCUGCGACGGCUCCCGCGGCCCCUCGCAGCCCGCGCCCCAGGCCCGCAGCGCCCGCGCCGCAGAGGCCGCCCCGACGGCGCCCGGACGAGCCCGCAGCGGAGCCGCCGCCGGGCAGCGGCAGAGCGCCAGCGAGCGCGAGAAGCUGCGCAUGCGCACGCUCGCCCGCGCCCUGCACGAGCUGCGCCGCUUUCUGCCGCCGUCCGUGGCGCCCGCCGGCCAGAGCCUCACCAAGAUCGAGACGCUGCGCCUGGCCAUCCGCUACAUCGGCCACCUGUCGGCGGUGCUGGGCCUCAGCGAGGAGAGCCUGCAGCGCCGGCGCCGGCGGCGCAGCGACGCGGCGGUGCCUCGGGGCUGCCCGCUCUGCCCCGACGGCGGCCCCGCGCAGACGCAGACGCAGACGCAGGUGCAGGCGCGCGCCCCGGCGCUGGGCUCAGUCGCCAGCCCCUCCGCGUCCUGGGGGUCCCCGCCGGCGUGUCCCGAAGCACUAGCGGCCCCCGAGCGCCUGGGGAGCAGGAUACCUGACAUGGGUCCCUGGGUUACACCCCCUUACCACCCUGGGAUGCAGUCGCCCCCGCAACUGUCCCGAGGGAGAGGCCCCGACGCGGCCCUUUGGACACCGCCCCAGGGCUGUUCAGGAACGCAGACGUCCCCAGAGUCCAGGAAUCAGGCUACACCCUGGACGCCUUCCCCCGCGGCCCCUGAGCUGGCUGUAAUAUACCAGGGUAUCUCUGUGUCUCCAGAGUCCUGUCUGUUGCCAGAAACGCCACCCCUCCUGUCCCGCCCAGCAUGCCAGAGACUCCAGCCUCAGGCCGAGUGGGGUUGCUGGAGCCACAGCGCAGAGAUGCUCCCCGGUUCAGAAGACCAGGGACCAGGCCCUGCCUUCCAGCUCGGUGAUGAGAGCCCUUCCCAGAGCUCAGGCGUGCAGCUCAGUGGCUGCCCUGAACUUUGGCAAGAAGAUUUGGAGGGGGCCCACCUGGGCAUCUUCUACUGAAGGCCUUGCGUUGUCCCCUUGUCGGCCAGGAGUCAGGCCUCCAGGGUGGGCUGCCUUCCAUCUGCUGCCUCUGAGGUCUUCAAGGUUUUUUUGUUUUUGCUUUUUUUAAAACCAAGCAUCUCUUUUCCAAGGGAUGUCUUUUAUGGAAGCAGUGUUU